CUGAAUCGCGCAUCUUCUAAGUACGUUAAAACAUGACGUCGCCAAUCCCCGUUUCAUACCCAUUGCGCUUGCGCGCGUCCAAGGCUACCAGGAAGCAAACACGAAGCAGUUUGACUGUCUACAAUGUGUAGACAGAAAGCUGUAGAAAAUUGAGCCUGGAGCCCUGCGUGUGUGUGAGCCCACAUCAUGGCGUGCUGCCGGCUGUGCUCCAGACUGUGUCCCAGGCUGUGCUCCCGCUCCUCCGCGUACACUCUGGCCCUGGGCUUGGGCUUCGUCACCCUGGGCACCUCUCGCAUCCUGCUGCUCAAGUUCUCUGCCAACACACAAAACAAGUAUGAUUUCCUCCCUGCGUCUGUCAACCUGCUGGCAGAGGGGCUCAAGCUGCUCUUCUGUCUUGGCAUGUCUCUGAGAGUCAUGGUCAGAGACGGCCGUUCAUGUCGAGAGCUGGGCUGCUCCUCGGGUUCUGCCUUCCUGAGUUUCAUGAAGUGGUCCGUCCCCGCCUUCCUUUACUUUCUGGAUAACCUCAUCAUCUUCUACGUCAUGACCUACCUACAGCCUGCCAUGGCAGUGUUGUUCUCCAAUGUUGUUAUCCUGACCACAGCUAUCCUGUUCAGAGUUGUGCUGAAGAGACGCCUGUCCUGGGUGCAGUGGGCCUCCCUGGUCAUCCUCUUCCUGUCCAUUGUCUCCUUGACGACAGGAUCGGGAGGCAGCCAACGGGCCAUAGCGAUGCCGGGCCUCCACCCCAGCCCCCUCUCCCCACCCACCAACAGCUGCCUGCUCUACACACAGCUAGAGGAGCAACGAAGGAACGACAGUAACUCCAGCACAUGGAGCUCAGUGCUGCCGGGACAGGCUGAGGUGUGGCGGGGGAGGCUGAUGGGGACUCUGCGCUCUCUGGGCAUGGGUCACAUCCUCCUGGUGCUCCAGUGUUUUAUCUCCUCCAUGGCCAACAUCUACAACGAGAAGAUCCUCAAGGAGGGAGACCAGCUCCAAGAGAGCAUCUUCAUCCAGAACAGCAAACUGUACAUGUUUGGCAUGCUGUUCAACUGUCUGACUCUGGGUCUAGGGGGCGAGGCGAGGGGUCUAACCGUCCGUUGUGGCCUCCUUUAUGGUCACAACGUCUACUCACUGGGACUGGUGCUGGUCACUGCUGCCCUGGGCCUGUCGGUGGCGUUCAUCCUGAAGUUCAGAGACAACAUGUUCCAUGUGCUGACAGGCCAGAUCACUACAGUCCUGGUCACGGCCCUGUCCCUCUUCCUCUUUGACUUCCACCCCUCGCUGGAUUUCUUCCUGCAGGCGCCCGUGGUGCUGCUCGCCAUCUUUGUCUACAACGGCAGCCGGCCCAAAGACCCUGAGUACGCCCUGCAGCGCGAGAAGCUGCGCGUCAUUAACGGAGAGGUUCUGCAGAGGUCGCGAGGGGAUGGGGAGGAGCUGGAGAGGCUGACCAAGCCAAACACAGACAGUGAAUCAGAGGAGGAGUCUGUCUAGCCUCCCAUUAUGACUUCACAAUGGCUCAACCUUGUGAUGUCAUCAGUAUGCCUGACUCUGUGACAUCACAAUGGACAAACUGUCAGUCCUGAAUUAUGACUUUGCUAUAACAGAACAGAAUGGACAUGCUAUGUAUCAUGAGGCGGCAGCGUAGCCUAGUGGUUAGAGCGUUGGACUAGUAACUGGAAGGUUGUGAGUUCAAACCCCCGAGCUGACAAGGUACAAAUCUGUCGUUCUGCCCCUGAACAGGCAGUUAACCCACUGUUCCCAGGCCGUCAUUGAAAAUAAGAAUAUGUUCUUAACUGACUUGCCUGGUUAAAUAAAGGUAAAAUUAAAUUAAAUGACAUCAGAGCGCCUUGGCCUGUGGUUUUGUUGGCCUACUGUGAUUGUCAUAAUUUAUUGUACAUCAUAGAUGCGAUAAAGAGGUCAAUGGAACUCGACACAAACAUGGAAAUGCCAUGGAAAUGCAUGGGGGAAAAGAUCCUGAGUCUGUCUCUUCAUUGCCCCCCAGCAAAAUGAUCCUACAUUUAGGCUAUUGUGUGUAUUCCACACUCCCAUUAUGGGGAGUGUGGCGUUGGACUAGUAACUGGAAGGUUGUGAGUUCAAACCCCCGAGCUGACAAGGUACAAAUCUGUCGUUCUGCCCCUGAACAGGCAGUUAACCCACUGUUCCCAGGCCGUCAUUGAAAAUAAGAAUAUGUUCUUAACUGACUUGCCUAGUAAUAUAAAGGUGUAAAAAAAAAAGACUGACUACCAUGACCGAUUUCUAUAUGCUAGCUAUGCUACCAGCUUAUACGGACAGGAGUUAGCAUUUAGCAGUCACUGCUUCUAAGCCUGAAAAUAAACAACUUUUAAAUGUUAUUCUGCGAAAACUGGCAAAUAUAUCAAAAUCCAAUUUUAGUAGCCACAUUGUGGGCCUUGUUCACAAAUGUUCACUUUGUUAGAUCAGACUUGAAUGUGCGCCAAUCCGGCAUCCUUCUUUCCCCCAAGGUCUGCGUUCCAUUGACCUCUUUACCGCAUCUAUUCAGAAAUGUGCUUGUUUGUGUAUGAAAUAUGAUAUACAAAUAAUAUUGUAAUGGAAGAAAUGCUAAAUAUACAAUUUUGUAUAUGUUGUUGUAUUUAAAAUAAUGCUAUUGCUGUUAUUGACACAGUGGCAAGGGUUACAGCUGUCAGAUGUUGAUAUCUGCCAGUAUGAUCUUAUUAUGUCUUUGUUUUUAUUAUACAUUUGUUUGCAUUAUGUUGGUGGCUGUUAAGAAAAUUAGUUUUUCUAAUGGCCAACUACUCAGUUUGUCUUAACGUUAUUAAGUACUCAAAGACCAUACAGUACUAGCACACUGUGCCAUAUAAUUUACACUUCUAUCAUGUAUUCAAAAAAGCUUCUUGUGAAGUUGUUAUGCAUAACAUAAAAUUAUUGUUAUGCUGUAUGCAUUUAAGGCAAUUUACACCUGGUUCUUUAUAUUACUAUUCAUGACAGUGCAUAAUUACAAUUUCUCAAACUGUCAACAGGUUAUCAAAUUAACAUUAAAAACUACUGCCAAAAAUACCAUAUUUUGUCUAGUUCACUGACUAUAUUUUCCAUUCUGUUGAUCUGUGUUGUAAUGUUCGAAU